AAACUCACAUGCACAACCGGCGACGCGAUUGAACUUUCAAACCUCUCUUCCUGGAAAAGUCUGAACUGAAUUACAAGGGGUUGAGCAUCUUCUCUCUCUCUCUCUCUACACCUUUUGAUCUAUUGUAUUCGAAGAAGAAUCGUAGCAUUCUUCGAUCAGUGUUGAAGAGAUCAGGCUGAUCACGAUGUUGAGGAUUUUAAGCCGGAGCCGGAGAGUCUCUCCUGCAGUCUCGUCUUCUUCGAUAUUAGGGCAAUCAUUCAGUGUGGUUUGGCCUGUAGUAUCUACACCGAGAACAGGAGGCCAGAUAUUACAUCGUCCAGGAGCAUUUGGACUUGUUAGAAACUUGUGUCACCUCAUUUUGCGUGUUUCUCCAAAUAUAUUUUUUUUAAUUAUUGUAAUAGGUCGCUCAGGAAGUUCAAGGCCAACAAGGGAAGUUCUGGCCAGUCUUCUUCAGCCAGAGGUUACCAUGCAAAUACAAAGCAGGCUGUUUUCUUCUUACAAUGGUGAUCUGGUUGAAGCUGUUGUCCCUUUUAUGGGUGAAUCUAUAAGUGAUGGAACUUUGGCAAAAUUCCUGAAGAAUCCUGGUGACAGGGUAGAAGUUGAUGAACCAAUUGCUCAAAUUGAAACAGAUAAGGUGACAAUUGAUGUUGCAAGUCCUGAAGCAGGUGUAAUCCAAAAGUAUGUAGCCAAGGAAGGGGAUACUGUGGAGCCAGGUACUAAGAUUGCUGUCAUUUCAAAGUCUGGUGAAGGUGUUGCCCAUGUUGCUUCAUCUGAGAAGACAACAGACAAAGCUGCUUCUCAGCCACCUCUUGUUGAACUAAGUGAAGAGGAUAAGCAAAAGCCUAAAGUUGAAAGCACUGCUGUUAUAGAGAAGCCUAAGAGUACUUCUACUGCUCCUCCUAAACGCUCUGCUACAGAACCCCAACUUCCCCCUAAAGAAAGGGAAAGACGAGUUCCUAUGACAAGGCUCAGAAAACGAGUUGCUACCCGCUUAAAAGAUUCUCAAAACACAUUUGCAUUGCUGACAACAUUUAAUGAAGUUGAUAUGACUAAUUUGAUGAAACUCCGAUCUGACUACAAGGAUUCCUUUGUUGAAAAGCAUGGAGUCAAGCUGGGACUUAUGUCUGGAUUUGUGAUGGCUGCUGUUAGUGGUCUCCAAAAUCAACCUAUUAUCAAUGCUGUAAUUGAUGGGGAUGAUAUCAUAUAUAGAGACUAUAUAGAUAUCAGUAUAGCUGUUGGUACUCCAAAGGGCCUUGUUGUUCCAGUUAUUCGCAAUGCUGAGAAGAUGAAUUUUGCUGAGAUUGAGAAGGAGAUCAACACUCUAGCUAAGAAGGCAAAUGAUGGAACUAUAUCAAUUGAUGAAAUGGCUGGAGGUUCAUUCACAAUAUCUAAUGGUGGUGUUUAUGGAAGCCUGAUAAGCACUCCUAUCAUUAACCCCCCUCAGUCUGCAAUCCUUGGCAUGCAUUCAAUAGUGAGCCGUCCGAUGGUUGUUGUAGGCAACAUAGUUCCGAGGCCAAUGAUGUACAUUGCGCUGACAUAUGAUCAUCGGUUGAUUGAUGGGAGGGAGGCAGUGUUUUUCCUCCGCCGCAUCAAGGAUGUGGUUGAGGAUCCUCGGAGGUUGCUUCUUGAUAUAUGAAGACACAGUCGUCACUGGUGUUUAAUUAUAUCAUUUGCUGGUAUAUUAUUGGGAACUAAGCACUCCGAAUCAAUUGAACUUGAAUAAAUGCGUAGGUGUUAAAGUUUUGUAGGUUUUAUUGUUGAUUCUCUUCAGAGAGUUCUUUGAUUGCGGCUAUCCAGGUUCACAUUCAAAAUGAGUUACCUAAUUGGAAUUCAGAUUUGGAAGUUUAUAUUGCUAAAAACUGUUCUCUGUGUUGUUCCUUUAGUUUUGUGAUUGGUUGAAGAGUAUUCAAAGAUUCUGAUUAAGAACAAUUUGGAUGAUAUUUGCUACGGGUCCAUUCUAUUUUUCUUGAAAGUAUUUUAAGGCAGCGUGCCAGUUAGUAUAA